AAUAAUUUUUCCAACAAAGGGGUAGCACAGGGUCCUGUCUGAGUAAUGUUUCGUUGCCCUGGGAACAGAUAUCGAUCCUCAUCUCAAGCGCAAGUCCGCCUUUGCAGUCGGCCGAUAACUACACUCGACUCCAGUUCCCUCCACACUGCUUCGUGCCCACUUAUCCCUUUCCUCUCUUUCAACACCCACUUCAGCAAUGUCCGCAGCUCCCGCGCUCAAGAUCUUUUCCUUGGCAGAGAGCAGCCUGGCCUCGCUCCCUGUUCACUUCGCCUUCAAUAACUCAUUUCGCUGUCGUUCAAAAUCCAUCAGUCGCCUAUGCCUCAGCUGCUCUUCUUCUUCUUCCCUUUCAGUUCUACCCCUCUUGCUUUCCCUCAGGAAGGAUAAGAAGCCUUCAGUUGUUCCCCUCGUAGCCCGGACCUCCGGUUGGGUGGGGGAGGAGAGCUCCGAUUGGAACUCUGGGGAAGGGCUUGAGCCUCCUGAUGGGGAGUUUUCUGAGGGAGAUUUUAUGGCUGAGAGUGAUAACACAGUGGAUGAAGGUUUUGGGGCAGAUGACGGGGAGGAUUCUUAUCCCGAGCUGCUUGAGGAGGCCAAGCUCUUUGUUGGCAAUCUCCCUUACGAUGUGGACAGCGAGAGGCUUGCUCAAUUGUUCGAGGGAGCUGGGAUAGUAGAAGUCGCGGAG